AUGCAGGAGGCCGAGGCCGUGGAGGGGAGCCGCGAGCUCCGCGUGCGCUGGGCCGACGGCUCCGAGAGCCGCUUCCCGUGCGUGUGGCUCCGCGACAACUGCCGCUGCCCGCGCUGCCUGCUGCCCUCGGCGCAGGCGCGCGCGCUGCCGCUGGAGCAGCUCGACGUGGACGUGGCGGCGCGCCACGCGGCCCUGGCGCCGGGCGACAAGCUCCGCGUCACCUGGCCGGACGGGCACGCGAGCGAGUACGAGGGCGCGUGGCUGCGGGCGCGCUGCUUCUCCGAGGCCGCCAGGGCCCGCGUGCAGAGCGAGCUCUUCCUGCCAGAGCGCCGCUGGUGGGGCUCGGAGCUGGAGCUGCCGCGGCUGCCCUUCGACGAGGUGCUGCGCGACGCGGGCAGCGCCUACGCGUGGCUGCGCACCCUGCGCGAGACCGGCGUGGUGCUGCUGCGCGGGGCGCCCGCGCGGCCCGGCGCCCUGCUCGCCCUCGGCCGCCGCCUCGGCUUCCUGCGCCUCACCUUCUACGGGCCCACGUGGCUGGUGCAGGACAAGGCGGACGCCAACAACGUGGCCUACACGAGCGGGCGGCUGCCCCUGCACACGGACUACCCGGCGCUGCAGCACCCGCCGGGGGUGCAGCUGCUGCACUGCAUCGAGCAGGCGGCGGCGGGCGGCGAGAGCGAGCUCGUGGACGGGCUGCACGUGGCGCGGCGCCUGCGCGAGCGCAGCCCCGACGCCUUCCGCCUGCUCGCGGCCACCGCUGUGGACUAUGCCGACACGGGCACCGACUACUGCGACUUCGCCGUGCACUGCAAGCAGCGCAUCAUCGACGUGGACGCCCGCGGCGAGCCCGUGCGCAUCAACUACAACAACGCGACGCGCGCCUCCGUGCUGGACGUGGCGCCCGAGCACGUGCGGCCCUUCUACGCGGCGCUGCGCGCCUUCGACGAGCUGCUGCGGCACCCCGAGCACGUCGUCACCUUCAAGCUGGAGCCAGGGGACGUGCUGACCUUCGACAACUGGCGGCUGCUGCACGGGCGCCGGGGCUACGAGCCGGGGCGCGCGGGCGGCCGCUGCCUGGAGGGCGCCUACGCCGACUGGGACGUGGUGCUGUCGCGGCUGCGGCUGCUGCGCGACGAGGUGCGGGGCGGCCGCGCGCAGGGCCCGGCGCCUGCCGGACAGUAG